UACGCAACUACGGUUUUUCAAGCCCCGCCCGACUCCUCUUCUCUUCUUGUUUCAAUUGGUCAUCUCUAUCUCGUUUGGGAUUUAGGGUUUUUGUGAAUCGGAGAUGACGACUGCUGCUCGGCCGACUUGGGCUCCCGCCAAGGGUGGCAACGAGCAGGGAGGUGCUCGGAUAUUCGGCCCCUCUCAGAAGUAUUCCUCCAGGGAUGUCGCCGCUCAUACGACUCUCAAGCCAAGGAGGGAAGGACAGCACACUCAAGAAGAAUUGCAGAAGAAGAAUCUUCGUGAUGAGCUCGAGGAGCGUGAGAGGAGACAUUUCUCAUCCAAAGACAAGUCUUACGUUGGUAAACAAGAUGAUGAUAGAGAUCGCAGAAGGGGCAGUCAACUUCUACUGGAAGGCUCUAAAAGGGACCCUGAAGACCGGAUUGUUCCUCGCAGUGCAGAUGCUGAUGAUUCUGACAUUGAGGUCAAGAGUGAAGGUGAUAGUGAUGACGAAAGUGAUGACGAUGAUGAAGAUGACACUGAAGCUCUUUUGGCUGAACUUGAGCAGAUAAAGAAAGAAAGAGCUGAGGAGAAACUCCGAAAGGAAAAGCAGCAACAGGAGGAAGAGCUGAAGGUGAAGGAAGAAGCACUUCUCAGAGGGAAUCCACUCCUUAACAGUCCAGCCUCAUUCAAUGUCAAAAGGAGGUGGGAUGAUGAUGUGGUUUUCAAGAAUCAGGCCCGUGGGGAAACAAAAGCACCUAAGCGCUUCAUCAAUGACACUAUCAGGAACGACUUCCACCGAAAAUUCCUGCAGAGAUACAUGAAAUGAUUGAACAGAGAGUUGUUACUACUUGUUUAUAUGAUGAACCAAGGCAUUAUAUUUUAUAUUCUGUGUUGGGUUAUGUUGUCUUUCUAUUAAAACAAAAGCAGAAUGACAAUUGUAUAACUUUAAUGCUAAUUUUCUGAUUGCUACU